AUGGUACACACAUGCGUGGUGACUGGCUGUCGGAAUAGAAGAAUACCUGGCACCGCAUUGUCUUUUUACCGUUUCCCACGCGAUCCCGACAGAAAGCAGCGUUGGAUAGCUGCUGUGAACCGAGAAGGCUGGCUGCCAAAAGACGGGAGCAGGCUGUGUAGUACUCAUUUCAUCUCAGGUACGCAGCCAACGUUGUCAAUAAAACAGUGCAUGAAUGAGCAUUUUGCCGUUCAAUUCACUUUUGAAGUUCUCUCAACCAUCACCUGACCACCAUAUAAAACUUUACUGCUAUUCUUAACUUUUUUUUACUAGAAGAUAUCACUGCAGCUGUAUGUUGCAAUGUGAUUGUGUUUGUCCAUGAUGCCUCACGAAACUUUCUCCCUUUUUUCUUCAACUCCAGGUAAACAGGUGAAGAAUCCACGCUCGCCAGACUAUGUUCCCUCUGUAUUUACAUCAGCUCCCCUAUACCUGGAGUCGGAAAUUAAGGAAGAGACCGCAGCCUUUGAAAUCUCAGACAAGCAGGAAGCCCAGGUGGAGGCGGCCAACGCCUUGCUCUUCCUGCAGGGCCAGGGCAGGUCUCUGGUCGACCAGAGACCGAGCCAGGAGGACCAUGACGUGGCCCAGAGUGCAUCCUCAUCCUCUACCAAUGAAGAUGGUGAGGAAUCUGAACCAGUGUCAAGCGACAGCAAAGGCAGGGGAGGGAAGCCAGCCAAAAGGUCAGCCACCGAGCCCGACAACUAUGAGGACAUGCUCAAGACCUUGAAGAAGGAGAACCGGGCUCUCCGGGAGUCUGUGGAUAAAAUGUCACUCUCAGAGACCUCAUUCCGGAACGACCCAGAGAAGGUCAGGUUUUACACUGGCUUGCCCAACUACUUUGUAUUUGAGACGGUCAUGUGGCUCCUCGCGCCACACAUGAACGGGACCAAGAACAUGGUCAAGCUCUCCAAGUUUCAGCAACUGCUGCUGACACUAAUGCGCCUCCGGCUUGACCUCAGGAACCAGGAUUUGGCCUACCGCUUCGGCGUGAAGGUUGGCACGGUGACCAGGACGGUGCUCAGAAUGGUUAACGUCAUGUCCACCACGCUGGUACCCACGGCUGUCUUCUGGCCCUCCAGGGCUGAGCUCCGCAAGAACCUCCCGGCAGCUCUCUGCUCGACCUACCCUGACUGUGCCGUGAUCAUAGACUGCUUCAGGGUGACCCUGGAGAAACCCGUGUCAGAAGGAAACUUGUUGUGUGUGAGUAUCUGUCCUGUCUAAUUUGGGAUAUAUGAUAUAUGCUGUGGUAAAUGUAUCCUGUUGUUAUAUGUUGUCUGCUUGUCAUUAUUUAAACCCAGAAAAAAUUGCUCCUUGAAUUGACUUGAACCAGCAGGGGGCGUCGGCAGGGAGCAACACUCUGAAAUACAUGAUAGGCAUGGCCCCGCAGGGCGUGGUCACUUUCGUCUCCAGGGGGUCGCCAGGGAGUGUCAGCGACAAGAGCCUGGCAGAGGGUUGUGGCUUCCUGGGCAAGCUCCUCCCAGGAGACGUGGUCCUGGCCGAUAAGGAUUUGGACAUUGGUAAGUCGGUGGCGGCCCGUGGUGCCCUGCUGAAAAUCACAGGCUGCCAUGGCGGAGAGGGGUCUGAAGGGAGCGAAGGUGUCUCGCUGACAGACAUUUCCCCAGAUAGGCUGAGUGUGCGGAGGCAUGUGGAGAGGGUUGUCUCCAUGGUGAAGCUAAGGUACUCCAUGCUGACCGGCCCAGUGGAGAUCCCCUUCACGGCCGCUGAGCGGUCAUCCAACAUUUUCACCUUUGAUAAGAUUGUGCAGGUUGCCUGUGCCUUAAACAACCUGUGUAUAUCUGCUGCUCCCCUAGAGUGA